CUAAAAAUAUCAGUUACAUCAACACGAGUUGAGGUGGAGCUGCUUGACGUGACGAAGUUUACUUGACGUUAAUUGUUAUUGAAAUGAAAACAAUUCACGUAAAAUGAUGGAGAUGAUGAAUGUCCAGCUUAUGUUACAGGUUGCACUUUUGUCUGAAGCAUCCCUUUACACGCCCCUUUGGGCCAAGGGGGGUGGAUGAAGGUGGGGGGGCAACAGUAUAAAUAGAGAGAUGAGAGAAGUAAUAGCAAAACACAAAAUGAAGACUUUCAGGUCUACACUCAGAACAAUGUGGCUGGUCAUUCUUCUGUUCCAGCUCGGCCUCAUUCUGAGGACUGAGGCCCAAUUACCAGACCCUUGCAUUCUUAGUGAUACGAACAGACCUCCAGAAAACUCUGACAUAAUUGUGACCUGUGGCACUCAGUACAUGUACCUGAGCAUCUACAUUUGCCCAAUGUACCAAGCUCUUUACAAUGAGUCUAUGAUGGCCCUCAACAAUGAGUUCAACAAACUUGAGUGUUUUGGGACUGCUGACUGGACAGCUGUCCCGCCAGUCUUAAAAUUCAAAAUCCCCCUGAAUGAAAGUGCCAUCACUGCCUGCAACAGUAACUUUAAGGUUACCAAUGAGGUUGGGUCUGGGGCAUUUGUCGACUUCUCAAAUGUUCAGUACAUCAACAUUUCUGGCGAGGUAAAUUCUAGGGACCCGUCCACCUCUAAGAUCACCUACCGCUCACAGAUCCUGUACAAGUUCUCCUGUCGUUACCCAAUGCAGUAUCUACUGAACAAUACUCAAGUGGCCGUAUCAGGUGUGAAUCUUGCCAUACAAGGCAACAAUGGCAGCUUCAUCAGCACACUGAAUAUGCAGCUCUACAAAGAUGAAGGGUACAAAGACCGCCUAGAAAUCCCACAAACAGGAAUCAACCUGAAGACCAAGGUUUAUGUUUCAGUCAAAGCGGAAAAUCUAACAGACAGGUUCCACGUGCUGCUGGACAGAUGUUAUGCAACAACAAGUCCCAUACCCUUGACAAGCACCUUUUAUGAUCUUUUUAUAGGGUGUACACUUAACCCACAAAUUAAGGUGGAGCUCAACGGAGUGUCUCAGAUGGCAAACUUCUCUUUUGAAGCCUUCAGAUUCGUGGAUCACAAAGAGCAGAUAGUUUCCACGUACUACGUGCACUGCGUCACGCGACUCUGUGAGACGACCUCAUGUAGCACAUUACUGCCUAACUGCACCACCCAAGGGAGGAGAAAGAGGGAGACCCAUGAAGUGUUGCCCAACGCGACGGUCAGCUCGCCUGCCAUACUCGUGUCCCAACAGACCAGGGUAGAUUCUCCAACUUUCUUUUCUACUCACGAGCUGGCAUACGAGAGCAACUACAGCAGCCCUGUGGUGGCUGUGAUCAUCUGCAUCUGCAUCCUGACAAUCCUCCUCAUCUCCAUGGUUGUUUACUUUAUGUUUUACAUCAGGCAAAAGAAGUCAAUGCUCCAGUAAUAUCCACUGACUGAGGGUGGAGUCCCUUCACUUUGCUUCUACACCAGCAUAAUACUUCAUCAUCUGCAUUUUAAACAAGCCAUGAGAAACAAUAGUCAGAAACAUCAUACCGUCACACAACUACGUAGCUUUUCCAUUUCAUGAAUAUGAGCCUCUUAACACAGUGGUCAGCAGUUAUCGAGGCAUGCACAUUAUAAUCUUUAUGAAUCACAUAGUUUAUCAAUAUGGAGAUGAGGGCACAGUACAUAUAAUGUAUGUAUAAUAAUUGUGUAUUAUAGUUAAAUAUUAGUUUUAAUCAUGUUGUCAGAGUCA